AUGGCGGCCGUGGAGGUGGCUACGGAGCAGGCAACUGCGGUGACGGCCUUGGGGCCAAAGGCGAAGGACGAAGAAGAGGACGAGGAGGAGGAGGAGGAGUCGUUGCCACCAUGCGAGGCAGUGCGCUGGGCCCCCGUGGGGGCGGUGGCCGAGGCCGGGCCUGGGGCGGCGGCGUUCUCGGAGGAGGCGGCGGCGGCGGCAGCCGAGGAGCCGGGAGCGGCCCCGGGCUCCCCUCCGGACGCCACCGUCCGCACGCUGCGGCGACUGCAGGCCGAGCGGCGGCAGCUGGACUCGGCGCUGCUCGCGCUGUCCUCGCACUUCGCGCAGGUGCAGUUCCGCCUGCGCCAGGUAGUGCGCGGGGCGCCGGCGGAGCAGCAGCGGCUCCUGCGCGAGCUGGAAGACUUCGCCUUCCGCGGCUGUCCUCACGUCCUGGGUUACGAGGGGCUGGGAGACCCCUGCGGCGGCGGCGGCGAAGGCGGCGAUGGGCUUCCGGAGGGCCGGCCCCGAGUGCGGGGCGAGGACCAGAGUGAACAGGAAAAACGAGAGCGUCUGGAAACCCAGAGGGAGAAGCAGAAAGAACUGAUUCUGCAGCUCAAGACCCAGCUUGAUGACCUGGAAACCUUCGCCUAUCAGGAGGGCAGUUAUGACUCCCUGCCGCAGUCCGUGGUCUUGGAAAGACAGCGGAAACCUGGCUCCUUCCUCUGCGGCGAAACAGUGAAUUUCAGACCGCGCCCCCCUCCUAGGGGCAGAGCAGGGGACCACAACGAAGGAAGCGGCGGGGCCGAGUGCGCAGACUCACGCGCCCUCUCUGCCCCGCCCUCCGUACGCCGGAGACGGAACUCUGUUCCUGUCUUGCUGCCAGCGCUGCUAAUAAAGCUCGAUUCAAACAAACGCCCCGCCCGACGCGACCUCAACCAGCAACUUCCGCCAGCAGCUUUGACCACCAAACGAGAGCGGCGCAGCGGAGCCGGAAAGGCGGGACCGGAAGUGAGGCCGCCGCUCCGCAGGGUGAAAGGUUGGCGGAACGGCCUGGCGCGGGUCUUGCCAUCCGCCGCCAUCGCGACCCCGGGGUCGGGUGGCCGCGCGCGGUCCGACUCGGAGCCUCUGGCGGCUUCGUGGCGAGUCGCGUCGCUCGAGCAGAACCUGCGCGCGGCGUGGCCUCGUCGGCAGCGGGUCGCGGGCCUGCGGACCCGGGCUCGCAUCUAG